AUCGCGAUUAAAUCGCAAAUGCAAUUAAUCGUUCAGCCCUACUCUGAUGGAUAUAAAGACCUGAAGCAUCUGGCAGAAAGAACGGUGAAACAUGAGAGUAGUAAAAGUCAUAUCAAUUGCGCCAUGAAAUUGGGACUAUUGGCAGGGGUCAACAUCAUGGCACAGAUAGAUAGUGCUUACCAGCGGAACAUUUUAGAGCACAACAAGCAGACUGGGGAGGCUGAUAUCGUGCCUAAAGCUCUGUGGGAAGUGCGAACUGGGCCUGCAUGGUCACGACGAGUCAGCCGACUCAGUAAACCCAGGCAUUUUUGAGACGAUGUGCGAGGGCGACACCAGGCUGAAAAGACACUGCGAUUCGGAGACAUGGACAGUGUGGCCAAAAGGGAUCCUUCAAAUGGCCACAGCAGGCCUUUGGAUAUUGUCCCACACACAGAGGAGAAGAUGCAGGAGCGUGGUCAGUGGACAAAUAAGAUGGAGUUUAUCCUGUCCGUUGCUGGAGAAAUCAUUGGGUUGGGCAAUGUCUGGCGGUUCCCAUACCUGUGCUACAAGAAUGGCGGAGGUGCAUUCUUCAUCCCGUACCUUAUUUUCCUCUUCACCUGUGGAAUACCUGUGUUUUUCCUGGAGACUUCACUGGGUCAAUACACCAGUCAGGGUGGCAUCACCUGCUGGAGGAAAAUCUGUCCCAUUUUUGAAGGAGUUGGAUAUGCCACACAGGUUAUUGUGGCACUGCUAAAUUUCUAUUACAUCAUCGUAUUGGCCUGGGGAAUAUAUUACCUUAGGUUCUCUUUCACUUGGGAUUUGCCUUGGGCCUCCUGCAACAAUACAUGGAACACAGCCUCUUGCGUGGAGUUCCAAAGAAGAAAUGAUUCUCUGGACCAAAGCCACUUGACGAAUGCUACUUCGCCAGUCAUUGAAUUUUGGGAGAGGAAGGUUCUGAGGAUCUCCUCUGGGAUUGACCACAUGGGGGAUCUCCACUGGGACCUGGCCCUCUGUCUCUUCAUCGCCUGGGUCAUGUGCUACUUCUGCAUUUGGAAGGGUGUGAAAUCCACUGGCAAGGUGGUGUAUUUCACAGCAACAUUCCCCUACGCCAUGCUGCUGAUCCUGCUCAUUCGGGGGGUGACCCUACCCGGGGCCUCCCGAGGGAUUCAGUACUAUCUGUACCCAGAUCUGGGACGACUAAGUGACCCACAGGUAUGGAUGGAUGCAGGGACACAAAUCUUCUUCUCCUAUGCCAUCUGCUUGGGAUGCCUCACAGCACUUGGCAGUUACAAUAAGUAUAACAACAACUGCUACAGGGACUGUCUGGCUUUAUGCUUUCUCAACAGUGGAACCAGCUUUAUUGCUGGCUUUGCCAUCUUCUCCAUACUGGGUUUCAUGUCAUACGAACAGAAUGUGCCCAUUUCAGAAGUCGCAGAAUCAGGUCCUGGUCUGGCCUUCAUUGCAUAUCCACGCGCCGUCUCCAUGAUGCCUUUCUCCCCUGUCUGGGCCGUUUUCUUCUUCGUUAUGAUUGUGCUGCUGGGCCUGGACAGCCAGUUUGUAUGUGUGGAGAGUCUGGUGACGUCAGUGGUGGACAUGUACCCUUCUGUUUUCCGCCGUAAGAAUCGGAGAGAGCUCUUCAUCCUGGGAGUGGCUAUUGUGUCCUACAUGGUUGGACUGAUCAUGCUUACUGAGGGUGGCAUGUAUGUCUUCCAACUCUUUGAUUAUUACGCAGCCAGUGGGAUGUGCCUUCUGUUUGUGGCUGUUUUUGAGACAGUCUGCAUUGCAUGGAUAUAUGGUGCUGAUCGUUUCUAUGACAACAUCGAGGACAUGAUUGGUUACCGACCUGCAGCACUCAUCAAGUACUGCUGGAUGUUCUUCACUCCUGCUACCUGCUUUGGCACAUUUGCCUUCUCCCUGAUUAAGUACACUCCUCUCAAGUACAACAAUGAGUAUGUGUACCCGUGGUGGGGGUAUGGCAUCGGCUGGCUUCUGGCCCUGUCCUCUAUGGUGUGCAUCCCUCUGUGGGUGGUCUACAAGCUCUGCACCACCAGCGGAACACUGAAGGAGCGCUGGCACUAUCUCACCCAACCCUCUCCUGAUUUGCCCAAGUCCAAGCGGGAUCAGCAAAAGCUGCUAGCGAUCUUCCCAGCAGGUUCUGAAGACUUCGCCCAGAGAAGUGCCCCUACUAAGGACGGCUACAUCCCAGUGAAUGAGAAGGAGUCUCACUGUUAGGAUCUAGCUGUUUCUGCCUCAAUACCCCUAACCCAAGCUCUACUGCACCUCAAUACCUCAAACAUUGUAAGGCAGCCAAAUAUGCACCAGCACAAGAAGGGCAUAACUGUUCUUUGCCCCCCCCCCCCCCCCCCCCCCCUCCUCUCCUGUGAAGUUUUCUGUGGACAGCACAGAUGCAGGUUGCUUUGGGGCAACUUUGCUAUUUUGCUUGCUUUCUGGGGCACACAUAGGGCUUUAUCUGUGGGUAAUUUCUUGGGCACACAAACGGUAACAGAAUAAUAAUCUCAUUCAGUCAAGUCUUUUUUAGGGUGCGACAUGGUGUGGUAGCCCUUUUUUGCCUGGGGACAGAGAGGAGCACAAAGUAUAUACUGACACUGAUGUAUGUAGGGACGUUUCAGUCCAUGUGAUCAUAUCUGCUUUCUAAGGAAGCAUGUAUGUCUGUUUUUGCAUUAUUUUCUCAAAAGGCUGCCUUAGUUUUUGUACAUAAAGUGUUCUUAUUGUAGGAUCUGAGAAAAAAUGUUUUUUAUAUAUUUGUAAUGGUUUUCUUCUGCACAUAAGCAUACAAAAGAUUCAUCAUGUCUCUUAAAUCUAUGUUGGGACAUUGCUGUUAUGCGCUGAUAUGUUCUUUUUUUCAUGAUGUCUUUAACACUGUUAUCAAUCAUUUUGUUCUUUAAAGACUUGACCUUUAAGCCAGUAGUAGGCCAAAAACUAUAUCCUUAAAAUCUGAAUUUUCACAUAAUGAAUAUCACUACUUUAGAAGCCACAGAUUGGUCAUUCGACUUGCAAACUAUGGCUGUGGUCUGCGUAUCAACAGUUUCUCAAACAGAUAGGCUAGGCUACGUGUUGUGGAAACUAAUGUCAAAAUCAAGCUCACAUGUAUUUGGUCAAGACAUAUACACUACAUCAUAAAUCAUUGACUAAUAGAAAAUCUAGACAGUUUGAAAGCUUAGAGAAAACUAUAUGCCAAUGAAGAGUUUUUGGAAUUUUUCUGUUACUAAAAUGUUUAAUGAAAUAUAUUUGAAGCCACUACCUGACUAUAUCAUACAAUGUAAUUUAUUUUCAUAAUGCAAUGGGGCUAUAGGCUGAUAGCGAAUCAGUGUUUUUUUUAAGGUUUUGUAAUACAUUAGCAUAGCUAUCCAGUCUCAGUGUAAAAAAGACAACAUUAACCAUUCAUGAAUAUAACAUCUUCUUAAUCUAGUAGUAAGAUGAAAUGAGUACAGUACAUAAUAUUGUUUAAUAUCGCAAUGUCAGAUUUUACAAUUUCUAUUACAAUUAUGGAAGCAGUUCCUAUGGCAUAUCUGGGUGCACUGUAGACAUAAGGCUACCCUUGUACAAUUUAUUUUCAAUGGGAUCAAAUGUACGGAGGUGUGUAAAAAUCUGUCCAUGGAAAAAAUAAUCAUGUGCUUCUUUUUUUUAGUCCUUUUUUGUAUGUAUUAUCAGUGUAGUUACUUAGUAGUCUCUUAUUUCCAAAGUGACAUAAAGCAUCAUGAGAAUUUUAUGUGAGGCAGUACUGGUGCUAUCUGCGCUCCACCCUAAAUAUCUGACCAUUCAAUAAAAGUUAAUCAGAGGCCUCCUAGUGCCAACUGCCUCAAAGUUGAGUUUCAGGGACAAAGCUGUAACAUUUAAGACUUCCUACAUUUUACAUUUAGUAUGGCUUCUGCAUGUCUAAGAGCAAAUUUGUCAUUAGAUGGUACUGUAAAUUCAUUUUCCUUAUGUUGCAUUAGAUCUUUUGGUGAUAUUCAAACCACGUGGGGAACUACUGUAUGUGUGCAAGUGUAGCACACAAAUACUUCAUGAAUCCUGAGAAGUAGAGAAUAGUGGCUUCAUGACAGUUGUAACUGACUAAAUCUGCAGAAAACUAAACAGAGACUAAAAGCACAGUAAUAAACACCCAGAGUUUUUAUGAGAAGCCUCACUUUACUUGCUUGGUAACAUCAAUAGUUACACAGCUACAUUGAUUGAUUGGAUUCAUUUUUAUACAGGUGCACAUUUGUAACCCAAAAAUUAAAGAACAUGCUUUUCAA